CUCACAUCUUUUCCCUUCCUGACCCUCCCCACUUUCUCCAUCACUCUCAUUCUCAGGGGAACAUACUUUCCUUGGAUAUACUUGUGUAAACUGGGGGUUGCCAUCACGGAGAGACCACAGGAACCCCCCUUGGGCCCUCCAUGUCCCCUUGACGGGGCUUUCUGGACUCGAAGACCCCCUCAUGUACCCCAGCAGGGGUGCUUUGCCUGCAUCUCCAAGACACCCCCCAUACAGCAAGGGUCCCCUGUGCUGUCUCCCUCUUCUGCUGUGUGCCUGAUGGAGAACAAGACCUGCAAAGGGGACAGCCUGAGACCACCGGUGCAAUGCAAACACUCCGUGGAGAAGAAAACGAUGACUAAUCCCACUGCUGUAAUUGAAAUCUAUCCAGACACCACUGAAGUGAAUGAUUAUUAUCUCUGGUCCAUCUUCAACUUUGUAUACCUCAAUUUCUGCUGUUUGGGCUUCAUUGCCUUGGCAUAUUCUCUGAAAGUGCGAGAUAAAAAACUCCUCAACGACUUGAAUGGUGCUGUUGAAGAUGCCAAGACCGCCCGCCUUUUUAACAUUACCAGCUCGGCACUUGCCACCUUCUGCAUCAUUCUUGUCUUUAUCUUCCUACGAUACCCACUCACUGACUACUAAAACAUGGCUCAGCCAUUGCUGUUCAAAGUCCUCCAUGCCAGAAGUAGCUGCCGUGGAGUUUCUCACAUAAGGGACACAAACAACAAAACUCCUACAUAGCCCCCCCUCUUAAUGGCAGAUGCCCCCUCUCCUCAAUACUAAAUAUGCUGCAAGCUUCAACAUAUAUUCACCCCCUGCC